UCUGAGAAGGAAAUGACCGGUAUAUUUGUGGACACCUUGAAGGACCCUUUCUUUGAUCGAUUAGUGAGCAGUGCCGCAUCUGACUUCGCACAUCUCGUCACGAUUGGAGACCGCAUAGAGAAGGGGUUGAGAGAUGGAAAAAUUCCUGGAGCAGUGACAACAUCUAGCGCACCAAAGAAAUAUUCUGGAGGAUUCCCAAAGAAAAGAGAAGGUGAAACAAACGCCAUAUCCAGGAACUACAAAGGGAAACAACAAGCUUCAUAUGGUCAAGUCGCCGCCGUGGUACCUAUACCCUAUCAACAGCCGACGCAGCAACAACAAAUGUAUCAACCACAACAUCAACAACAUCAUCAUCAACAAAAUACCGCACCACCAAGACAGUUCAAGCGAAGACCUCCAAGAAGACAACUUGAUCCUCUACCAGUACCUUAUAGUCAGAUAUUCCCAUAUCUGCAGAAGGAGGGACUUCUAACAUUGAGGGAGUUAAAACCAGCUGUUUUUCCAUAUCCACCUGGAUACGACGCUAAUGCCCAUUGUGAAUUUCACAUGGGAGCGCUUGGUCAUACCUUGGAAAACUGUUUCGCAUUUCAGAAUCGAGUACAAGACUUGAUCGAAGCCAAGGUCGUUUCUUUCACUCCAAGACGCCCGAACGUGAAUACCAACCCUAUGCCAACGCAUAAGGAUGCUUCCGUCAGUGCCAUUGAGGAGAGUGAUGGAGGCAAACUGAUCCGUAAGGUUGAAGAGAUUCAAACCCCUAUCACCAUGAUAGGAGCACAAUUGCUGAAAAGUGGUUUGAUCCUGGAAGAGAUGGUUGAGGAAGAGAAUAAUGAAGAGUUGAGGAGUUUUAUACAACGAAUGCUGGAUCGAGGCGAGUUACAGAUAACUUACCAUGUCAAGAGCAAGCGCCAGGAAGAGAUAGCCGUGGUAGAUAUCCCCUAUGAUGAGGUCAGAGUAGAAAUACCUAUAAAUACGUUGGUGAUAGAGUUCCCAGCACCUUUCGAAUAUAAAGAUGAGAAGGUAGUCCCAUGGAUAUAUCAGCCCAGAGCUUUUAAGCAGGGGCAGGAAGAUAAACCUUUAAUGAUUAAUGAACCAAAUGUCACUUCAAUUGUGGGCCCAGCAGGAAUGACGCGCAGCGGCCGAGUGUUCGCACCAAGAACUGUUGAUACUUCUGAGAGAGCUAAAGGGAAGGAGGCUGUUAUCCCCAUUCCUAAUCAGGGGAUGCAAGACAUGCACCUGUCUCCUAAAGCUGGUGUCACUCAUGAGGAGGCUGAGGAGUUUUUGAAAAUAAUCAAGAAAAGCGAUUACAAGGUGGUGGACCAGCUAAACCAAACACCCUCCAAAAUUUCCAUGUUAUCUCUCCUCCUCAACUCAGAAGCACACAGGAAUUCACUGUUGAAGGUAUUGAGCGCCGCUCAUAUCACCAAGGACAUAACAGUAGAACAGUUUGAUGACGUAAUAGCUUGUGUGACUACUGGAAAUUUCUUGGGUUUUAAUGAUGACGAACUACCGAUUGAAGGAAAGAACCAUAACAAGGCUCUCCACAUCUCUUUGAAGUGCAUGGAUACUAUACUGUCAAGGGUGUUGGUAGACACAGGUUCCUCAUUGAACGUCAUGCCAAAGACAACUUUGAUAAAACUGCCAGUGGAAGGAAUAAGUAUGAAGCCCAGCACCCUAAUCGUAAAAGCAUUUGAUGGCUCAAGGCGAGCAGUGAUAGGAGAGGUUGACUUACCAACCAAGAUCGGUCCAACAAUUUUUAAUAUUACAUUCCAGGUCAUGGAUAUACAUCCUGGCUACAGUUGCUUACUCGGGAGACCCUGGAUUCACUCUGCAGGUGCUGUCACCUCCACUCUGCAUCAAAAACUAAAAUUCAUCACAAAUGACAAAAUGAUUGUGGUUGGAGGAGAAGAAGAUAUCUUGGUCAGUCACUUAACAUCUUUUCGGUAUAUCGAGGUGGAUGGCGAAAUCACUGAGACACCAUUCCAAUCCCUGGAAGUGGUAAACAUGAUGGCCGUUCAACAGACCUUGGAAGUCCCAAAAUCCGGACCUUCCAUGGCCUCAUGGCAAGGAGCUAAAGCCGUUAUGGAAAGUGAAGAUGCACAAGACUGGGGCAAAGUGGUGGAAUUGAAAGAGAAACGAGACAAGUUCGACUUAGGGUAUGACCCAUCAUCAUACAAAGUUGGUAACCAAUCUCACAAAGAGAAGAUUCCUUCUGUGGAGAAAACAUUCACCAGCGCUGGCCACAUCUUUGGCAAGCAGGUGGCAAUGAUCAGUGAAGAAGACCGCAAGGAGGGGGAGUCCAGCUGGAUGCGUCAAGCCGCACCUAAUGAAGAACUAACAAACUGGAAGGCUGUGGAAGUUCCCCAAAUAUUUCAAAAGUAAUUUUAUCAUUUUUAGACAAAACCCUGUGCUCUGCCCAAGGCACAGUGGCAUGUUGUAGGGCCUCCUUUAUCUUUUUCAAGAGUUUUUAUCAUUAAUGAAAUGACGUUUUGCAUUCAAAUUUUUGUUCCUUUUCUUUCGUUUUGAUCUAUUUACGAAAAUGGCAAUCAAUUUUUUAUGCACGCACUUUCUAAAUAAACCGCAUAAAUCAUAACAUGCAGAAACACCACCGAGACUAUUGAUAACAACACUGCUAUGGUCCAAUAUGACUUUGAUUGUCCAAUCUACCAAGCUGAAGACGAAGUGGGGGAAGAUUGCGAACUCCCUGAAGAGUUGGCCAGAUUACUCAGACAAGAAGAAAGGGUCAUUCAACCACACCAGGAAGACGUUGAAGUUAUCAAUCUGGGAACAGAAGAAGAUAAGAGAGAAGUAAGGGUAGGCGCAACGCUUCAAGAUACAGUAAAGACAAGACUGAUAGAGCUCCUCCACGAAUAUGACGACGUGUUUGCUUGGUCAUACCAAGACAUGCCCGGAUUAGACACUGACAUUGUGACCCACAAGCUUCCCCUUAAAGAAGAAUGCCCUGCUGUCAAACAAAAGCUAAGAAGGACACGACCUGAUAUGGCUCUCAAGAUCAGAGAAGAGGUGAGAAAGCAGUUUGACGCUGGUUUCCUGGAAGUCGCUAAAUACCCACAAUGGGUUGCCAACAUUGUACCGGUGCCAAAGAAAGAUGGAAAAGUCCGCAUGUGCGUAGACUACAGAGACUUAAACCGAGCUAGUCCCAAAGACGAUUUCCCAUUACCUCAUAUUGAUGUAUUAGUGGAUAACACAGCUCAGUUCUCCGUGUUUUCUUUCAUGGACGGUUUCUCAAGAUACAACCAAAUUAAGAUGGAUCCCGAAGACAUGGAGAAGACCACAUUCAUUACUCCUUGGGGCACCUUUUGUUACAAAGUAAUGCCGUUUGGUUUAAAAAACGCUGGGGCAACAUACCAACGUGCCAUGGUGACUCUCUUUCAUGACAUGAUUCAUGAAGAGAUCGAGGUGUAUGUCGAUGACAUGAUUGCCAAAUCCCAGACAGAAGAAGAGCACAUCACUAACCUGGAAAAACUAUUCACACGUUUGAGGAAGUUUAGGUUGAGACUUAAUCCUAAUAAAUGCACAUUUGGGGUUCGAUCUGGGAUUACUAUUUUAUAUUUUAACCAAAGAAUCUGAAAAACUAUUUUAUAUUUACUAUUUUAUAUUUACUAAUCCUAUAUUUUAUGGAAAUAAUCCUAAUAUAUAAACCACAACACACCGCCUUUGCCAUAUUCGUCUCUCAUUUCGCAGAUUUCGUCGCAGAUUUCUUUGGAAAUAUCGAACACUACUUCUGAAAUCCAGUUUGGCUAGAGAUUCAGGAAAGAUGGAUCAAUAUGAAAUUGUUUGCCAAUGCAAGAAGGGGAGAAUGUUACGGAAGUGUUCAAAUUCGAAUAAAAAUAAAAAUAGAAUGUACUACUGCUGUACAAAAUCAAAGAAAUUGUCAAAUGGGAGAUGGGACUUCGGUUGCCAAUUCUUUUUGUGGGAGGACCAACUCAGGCGUUGUUUGUGUGGUGAAGGUAUGUGUGCCCUUGUACGAUACGAAGACAAGGGCAUGGAAGUGUGCUCCCUGCAGGGUUGUUCACCAGCUGAAUCCGGAGAGGGCAGUGGUUCUUCAAAAUCUAAACAGUGCCAACUGUGCCAAGUUUUAUCAAUCAAAAUCAAGAUUUUGGAAGCCAAGCUGGAGGUUGCUCAAUCUCCGGAGAAGCACGCCAACACAUCAUCUGCCAUUUUAUACGAAGCUUUGGAAGAGGUGUCUGAUGCGGUGGCGGGACUAUCGCUGGAUCAUCAACCAAAUAUUUCUUAAUGUGAUUGUUGACAGUAUGGUUAAUGUUGCUGAACCUCUCCUGAAAUUUAAGUGUACUGGAUUGUUGAAGUUGAAGGCACUGUUUUGGAAUUUUAUGUUAGCUUUUUAUAGUAUUUAUUUGCCCUUGAUUUUGUAGUAUUUGACAUAUUGUUGUAGUAUUGUACCGGCUACAACAGAAACAAUAGAAGCCUAUAAGUAUCACUUUUUUUACUAGAAUAUAUGAGGUUUUUGUUAAUAA